AGGAGGUGGCCCCUGGCGAGCGGGAUGUCCAUCGCUCCGGCCGGGUGGUGAAUGCUGAGGAGAGUUACUGUUGCUGUAGUCUUUGCCACCGGGAGGAAGUUGUGUGAGGCCGGGCGGGAGCUCGCAGUGCUGUGCUCGCGGGAGCAGUGCGAAGACUCAGCUGCUGCCAGACCCUUUCCUGCUGUGACCAUGCCUGGAAGAAACAAGGCGAAGUCUACCUGCAGCUUCCCUGAUCUGCCGUCCAGUGGACAGGAUUUGGGUGAGAGCAGCCGAGUCGCCCGUCUGGGAGCCGAUGAAUCUGAGGAGGGACGAAGGGGGUCUAUCAGUAAUGCCGGAGACCCUGAGAUCGUCAAGUCUCCCAGCGACCCCAAGCAAUACCGAUACAUCAAAUUACAGAAUGGCUUGCAGGCACUUUUGAUUUCAGACCUAAGUAAUAUGGAAGGUAAAAUGGGAGAUGCAACAGAUGAUGAAGAGGAAGAGGAAGGGGAAGAGGAAGAUGAGGAUGAUGAUGAAGAUUCUGGAGCUGAAAUCGAAGAUGAUGAUGAAGAAGGUUUUGAUGAUGAAGAGGAGUUUGAUGAUGAUGACGAGCAUGAUGAUGAUGAUCUUGAUACUGAGGAUAAUGAAUUGGAGGAAUUAGAAGAGAGGACAGAAGCUAGAAAGAAAACCACUGAAAAACAGUCUGCAGCAGCUCUUUGUGUUGGAGUUGGGAGUUUUGCUGAUCCAGAUGACCUGCCCGGACUGGCACACUUUUUGGAACACAUGGUAUUUAUGGGUAGUUUGAAAUACCCGGAUGAGAAUGGGUUUGAUGCUUUCCUGAAGAAGCAUGGGGGUAGUGAUAAUGCUUCAACAGAUUGUGAACGUACAGUCUUUCAAUUUGAUGUCCAGAGAAAAUACUUCAAGGAAGCCCUGGAUAGGUGGGCCCAAUUCUUCAUCCAUCCACUGAUGAUCAGAGAUGCAAUUGACCGUGAAGUUGAAGCUGUUGAUAGUGAAUAUCAACUUGCAAGACCUUCUGAUGCAAACAGAAAGGAAAUGUUGUUUGGAAGCCUUGCUAGACCUGGACAUCCUAUGGGGAAAUUUUUUUGGGGAAAUGCUGAGACUCUCAAACAUGAGCCAAACAAGAACAAUAUUGAUACACAUGCCAGGUUGAGAGAAUUCUGGAUGCGUUACUAUUCUGCUUGUUACAUGACUUUAGUGGUUCAAUCCAAAGAAACACUGGAUACUUUGGAAAAGUGGGUGACAGAAAUCUUCUCUCAGAUACCAAACAAUGGGUUACCCAAACCAAACUUUGGCCAUUUAACGGAUCCAUUUGACACACCAGCAUUUAACAAACUUUAUAGAGUUGUUCCAGUCAGAAAAAUUCAUGCUCUGACCAUCACAUGGGCACUUCCUCCUCAACAACAAUAUUACAGGGUGAAGCCACUUCAUUAUAUCUCUUGGCUAGUUGGACAUGAAGGCAAAGGCAGCAUUCUUUCUUACCUUAGAAAAAAGUGCUGGGCUCUUGCAUUAUUUGGUGGAAAUGGUGAGACAGGAUUUGAGCAAAAUUCUACUUACUCAGUGUUCAGCAUUUCUAUUACAUUGACCGAUGAGGGUUAUGAACAUUUCUAUGAGGUUGCUCAUACUGUCUUCCAGUAUUUAAAAAUGUUACAGAAGCUAGGCCCAGAACAAAGGAUUUUUGAAGAGAUUCAGAAAAUUGAGGAUAAUGAAUUUCAUUACCAAGAACAGGUACUGGAAGUCAAAUUCUUUUUUGAAUGUUAUCUAUUGGUCAUUGCUGAAGCCCUUAAUCAGCUAGUUCCUCAAAAAGCAAAUCUCGUUCUGCUGUCUGGUGCUAAUGAAGGAAAAUGUGACCUCAAGGAGAAAUGGUUUGGGACUCAGUAUAGUGUGGAAGAUGUUGAAAGCUCUUGGGCUGAACUGUGGAAGACUAAUUUCGAAUUAAAUCCAGAUCUUCAUCUUCCAGCUGAAAACAAGUACAUAGCAACAGACUUCAUGUUGAAGGCUUUUGACUGCCCUGAGACAGAAUACCCUGUUAAAAUCGUGAACAUGCCAGAAGGUUGCCUGUGGUAUAAGAAAGACAACAAAUUCAAAAUCCCUAAAGCAUAUAUACGUUUUCAUCUGAUCUCACCUUUGAUACAGAAGUCUGCAGCAAAUGUGGUCCUCUUUGAUAUCUUUGUCAAUAUCCUUACCCAUAACCUUGCGGAACCAGCUUACGAAGCAGAUGUGGCACAGCUGGAGUAUAAGCUGGUAGCUGGAGAACAUGGUUUAAUUAUUCGAGUGAAAGGAUUCAACCACAAACUACCUCUACUGUUUCAGCUCAUUAUUGACUACUUAGCAGAGUUUAGUUCCACACCAGCUGUCUUUACAAUGAUAACUGAGCAGUUGAAGAAGACCUACUUUAACAUCCUUAUCAAGCCUGAGACUCUGGCCAAAGAUGUGCGGCUUUUAAUCCUGGAAUAUGCCCGUUGGUCUAUGAUUGAUAAGUACCGAGCAUUGAUGGAUGGCCUUUCCCUUGAGUCUCUGCUGAGCUUUGUCAAAGAAUUCAAAUCCCAGCUCUUUGUUGAAGGCUUGGUACAAGGAAAUGUCACAAGCACAGAAUCUAUGGAUUUCCUGAAAUAUGUUGUUGACAAGCUGAACUUCACGCCUCUGGGGCAGGAGAUGCCGGUGCAGUUCCAGGUGGUAGAGCUGCCCAGGGGCCACCACAUAUGCAAAGUGAGAGCUCUGAACAAGGGGGAUGCCAACUCUGAAGUCACUGUGUACUACCAGUCAGGUACCAGGAGUCUGAAAGAAUACACUCUUAUGGAGCUGCUUGUGAUGCACAUGGAAGAGCCUUGUUUCGACUUCCUUCGAACCAAGCAGACCCUUGGGUACCAUGUCUACCCUACCUGCAGGAACACAUCUGGAAUCCUAGGAUUCUCCGUCACCGUGGGGACUCAGGCAACUAAGUACAAUUCGGAAGUUGUUGAUAAGAAAAUAGAAGAGUUUCUUUGUAGCUUUGAGGAGAAGAUCAAGAACCUUACUGAGGAUGCAUUUAACACCCAGGUCACAGCUCUUAUCAAGCUGAAGGAGUGUGAGGACACCCACCUCGGGGAGGAGGUGGACAGGAACUGGAAUGAAGUGGUGACACAGCAGUAUCUGUUCGACCGCCUUGCCCAUGAGAUUGAAGCACUGAAGUCAUUUUCAAAAUCAGAUCUUGUCAACUGGUUCAAGGCUCACAGAGGACUGGGAAGUAAAAUGCUCAGCGUUCAUGUUGUUGGAUCUGGCAAGUAUGAACUGGAAGAGGAUGGUACCCCUUCUGGUGAGGAUUCAAACUCUUCUUGUGAAGUGAUGCAGCUGACCUACCUGUCAUCCUCUCCUCUGCUGGCAGAUUCUACCAUCCCCAUUACUGAUAUUAGGGCUUUCACAUCAACACUUAACCUUCUCCCCUACCAUAAAAUAGUCAAAUAAACUGCAGUCUCAUUGGCCUGAAGCAUUGUGUAUUUUAAAAAUGUGUUUGUAUUUUAUGAAGUUACACUACUACUGCCUUAGGGCUUCCACUGAAUUUUUGCACUGACAUCAUAGAAUCUGAUCGACUCCCUCCCCAGCCCUGUCUUCUGUUGUGACUAACAAACUGAGGAUUACUGUAGCAGCUGGCAGUGGAAUUAGCAGGGUGGCAGGAGCAGUUUGUAAGGCCCUAUGUAACUGAUGUCUUAGUACCUAAAUGCUAGGUGCUAAUACUAAUACCUGUUGAUUUUUAAAUGUAUUUUUAAAUAAAGAUAGUUAUGUAUUGCCCUUCAGAAUGAGCCAUUUGCUGCUGUGGCACUCUUUUGUUAUAUUUUGUUUCAGCAUGGGGUAGGAAGCUGUAAAAAUACUCUUCCCAAACCUCUACAGCAAUAAAAUAUUUUUGGAUAAAA